AAUCUCGCAAAAACAGAAGAUUCGUGUUAUUUCCGGACGUUUCGUUGCUGGUCACAUCAGCUCCACACAUCGUCCUACAGCCUAGGAUUCGUCGACGAAAGACAUCACGACUGCUCCUGGCAGUUAACAAACAAGCCAUUAAAGUUGUCCCUCUGAAGUCAUGGUGGAGUAUUACCAGAUUCUAGGAGUGCCGAAAAACGCAUCUCCGGAUGACAUCAAAAAAUCUUACAGGAGACUAGCUCUAAGGUGGCAUCCAGAUAAAAACCCAGAUAACAAGGAAGAGGCAGAACAAAAAUUUAAAGAACUUUCAGAGGCGUAUGAAGUCCUUUCAGAUGCAAACAAGAGGGACAUGUACGAUCGAUAUGGUAAAGAUGGUUUAUCAGGAGGCGGAGGAGGUGGGGGAGUACACUACAACGGUGACCACUUUGGAUUCACCUUCCGCAAUCCUGAUGAUGUCUUCAGGGAAUUUUUCGGUGGACGAGAUCCAUUUGCAGACUUCUUUGGGGGAGAUCCAUUUGGCAAUGACUUUUUUGUCGGUGGUCGGAGGCACCAGCGGGGCAUGAGCCGGAGCCGGACAGGAGGGUCCUUUUUCGGAGGCUUUGGUGGAUUCCCUCCUUUUGGAGGAGGGUUUUCAUCUUUUGAUGCAGGUUUCACACCCUUUGGGCCUAUGGGAGGAGGUGGCUUUACCUCCUUUUCCUCAUCCUCGUUCAGUGGUGGAGGCGUAGUAGGCGGGGGCGGAGGCGUAAGCGUAGUAAGCGGAGGCGGAGGUGGAGGUGGAGGGAUGGGUAGCUUCCGCUCAGUCUCGUCUUCCACUAAAUUCAUCAACGGCAGAAAAGUCACUACAAAAAGAAUCAUUGAGAAUGGACAGGAACGGGUAGAAGUGGAAGAAGAUGGCCAGUUAAAGUCUCUAACCAUAAAUGGAAGAGCCCAGGAUUUAGGCAUGUUGGAGGAUCACAGACAGAAGAAGGAGCUCCCCAAUGCUUCCUCCACCUCCUCACAGCCCUCGAGACAGUCCGCUCAGAGAGAGGAACAAAAUAAAUCCACAGGCAAAGAGCAAACUGGAGUCAAGAGGAAGCGAAUGACAGUACAAGGAGAGACCAAAAAGACUAAAGAAUCCUAAGAUUGUCUCUGCAUCUGAACUGAUAAACUGCGCUGUAGCGGGGUACAUUCUGAGUUAAGGUUAAACGAACAUUCUAGCAUUGUUUUCUUUUAGAUGUAGGGUUAGUUUUAGAUGUGUUUCUGCCGCUUAUUAUUGAUUAUUAUAACAAAUAAAUUAUCACUGUUCUGAAAAACUGAACCUUGCCUACAUUUAAGAAAGGCAAUGAACAGUUUUAAUACA